AUUUUUAUUAUUAUUAUUUUUGUUUAGUUUUGUAUAUUUUGCCCCUCUUAUUAAUAUAAUUUCCAUUCAUUUGCAUUAUAAAUGAUACCUUCUACAAUUUCAGUAUGCUAUAAACAAAGCCAAGUAUGUCGAAAAUAUAUAUUUAUAUGUUUUUACCCCACUUUUUUUUUUGUGUGUGUUUGUUUUGAAAAAACUAAUGUAUUAUAGAGGUGUCAAUGCAAAUUCAAAAAAAUAAAUAUUCUUAAUUCAGCAUGGAAAAAAGAAUGUACACAGCAAAUGCAGCUUAAGCGAUAUUUUGUAAUGAAUAAAUCUUAUACAUACAGCAAUAGGCUAACAAAAAACGAUGUUAGUGAUCUCAACAAGCACUUUUAUCACUUAAAGUCUAAAUCUUGUGUUUUUAGAUCCUUGUCAUUUAAUUUAGAAUUAGGAACAGCUAGAGGAAUAUCAACUAGUUCAGUACUAUUUAACAGAGAUUAUGAAGCCGUUUUAUCUGCUGCGUUAGAUCAGUCCAAGAUUUCGACAGCGCAGUUAUUAUUUGACAAAAUUGUCAUUUUAAUACGAAAGGGUAGUCCAGAACUUGCUUGGGAAUGUUAUAUUGAUUUAAAGCAACGUAAAGCUCACCAAUUCAUCUUCAAUAAUCAAUACAGACAACUCAUCAAAUUAUUUACCCAUUCGAAGUCAAGCAAUGAGCAAUCACUAGAGUAUAUCUUAUCAUUAGUAGAAGAUAUGAAACAACUUGGGUAUCAAGUGGGACAAAGAGAAAAGCUUUUAAUGAUGCGUUUAUUGGGCCGUAAUGGAAAAAUUGAAGCAAUGGAAAGCGUUUUCCAAGACUUGAUUAAAGACCUGCGUUUGAUAAUACCAAAUUCGCCAAUGGCACAAAAACCAUUUAAUGUUGUGCUGGCAUCCUAUCAGCUUUAUGAAAAAGAUAUUGGGUCAGAGGUGGUUGCUAGAAAAUCUAUGGAUCUUUAUAAGAAAAUGUUAGACCUUAACAUGCAGCCUGGUCAAAAUAUAACAUUCAUAUUAAUGGAUAAUAUUCGAUCGGCAGGUUUUUCAGAUGACAUGGUUGAGGAAGUAUGGGAUUGGGUAUGGACUAAAAUUGGUAUGAAUGUAGGUGGCAAGACAAAAGUAUUAGACCCAAUACUUUAUAAAGAAAUGAUUAUAUAUUUCACAAGUGUAGGCCGACCAGAAUAUGCCCUAGAAAUUAAUGAUAUCAUGGUAAAAAAGAAGAUUCCACGUUCAUUGCGAAUGCUAACAGCAUUAAUACACAAAGUGGGAAGAGCUGGUAAUGUUGAACGAUCUAUGGAACUUUUUAAUGAAAUGGUGAACAUAGACAAAAUCACACCUAGCCUUGUUACCUAUAAUGCCUUAAUCGAUGUUUAUGCUCAUAAAAAACCAGACGCUAGUGUCAAAGAUGCACAUAAAGUGUAUGACAUGCUGAAUGAGGCAGGAUUGAAGCCUGAUAGUAUAACUUUUAGUAUUCUUAUCGAUAUGUAUGCAAAACAGGGAGAUCUUACUAAUGUAAGGAGACUGAUCGAUACAAUGGUGAAAACAUAUAAUUUUGAACCCAAUGAAUAUGUAUUGUCAUCAUUGAUUGAAUGCUUUAUUAAACUUCAUGAUCACGAGUCUGUUAUGGAAUUUCUACCAUUAUUGAAAAAGCAAGCAUUACGUCGAGCAGCAGUAGCAAGACAAGCAUAUAAUUUAAUCAUUAAAGGGCUUAUUCAAGAUGAUUAUAUUCUAGAAGCUGUUGAACUUUUAGACUAUAUGUCAAAAAAUAUGAUACAUCUUGAACCAAGGACAUUUACCCCUUUAUUGGCUUAUUACGCAAGGCAGGGUGAUGUUUUGAACACGCACAAAGUAGCCUCUAUGAUGUCUCAGGCAAACGUAAAACCCAAUUCACAUACAUAUUCUAUUUUAAUGGAGGCAUAUGCUAAAGCUGGAGAUAUUGAAGGCACUGAAAACAUUUUUAAGUUAUGCAAGACACAAUUUAGGCCUAAUACCUAUAUUUAUAAUGCCUUACUUUAUGUCUAUGCUAAACGGAACGAGAUGGAUAAAGUAUUAGAAACAUACAAGCAUAUGUCGAACGCAAACGUACCUGCUAAUGAAUUUACUUAUGGUAUCUUGAUGAAUUUUUAUUCAAGACGAAAAGAUGUGAAGGCAGUAGAAGCAUUAAUGAGUACAAUGUCAAAUAAUGUCACUCCUAAAACCGUCUCAUGGACUAUUUUGAUGCAAACUUACUUUGAGAAUGAUAGACCUGAAGAUGGAAGAGAUGCAUUAAAACGUAUGAUUGAUGCUGGUGUUGAACCAUCGAUUAUAUCUUGGGGUAUUUUAAUCAAGGGCUGUGUUGACGCAAAUGAAUUAGAGUAUGCCGAGUCAACCCUACAGGGAAUAAUUAAAAGAUCAAAAGUAGAAUAUAUAUUAGAUGAGCAUAAUUUGCUUCGAGACAAAUGUUUUGGUUCAACCCGGACUUAUAUAAAAACAAUUCCUGAUACUAUUGAAGAUAUUCUAAACAAAGCCCGAAAACCUAUCAAAAGGAAUACAGCCCUUUCAUCUUUCUUAUUUACACCUCUUAUGGAGGCUUACAUGAAUGAUGGAAGAUAUAGCAAGGCUAAAAAUCUGUUUAAUACUAUGAUUAAUUUAUCAGUACCUGUUUCUGUUCCAGCAUAUACAAUUCUAAUGAACUUAUUUAAACAUGAAAAUCGUUUUGAAGCCGUAGAAACAUUAUGGAAAUUACUCUAUAACCGAACACCUGAUAAGGAUUUCAUAGAAGGGCUUGACCCCCUUUUACCUAGGAUCCCUUUACCAAAACAAAACUAUGAUUAUUCGAAUUUGCUCUUUUUAGAUCACGAUGCUGAAAGUAUAGAAACGGCCAAACCUAUACCAAUACAAGCUACUCCUUUUGCAUUAUCCAUCUAUUUAGAUACACUUAUUGAACAAGACCGGUAUACCGACAUUGAAGAUCUUUGGAACCAACUUACACAAGACGAGUACUGCUUCGAUGAACAAAACUGGAAUAGAUAUAUUUACGCAUUGCUUUUAAAUGGUGAGCUUAAAAAAGCAUGCGAAACUGCAUAUAGACAAUUCCUUGAGGAUAAACCAAAAGGAAGUAAGGGAUCUGGUCAAGCCUUCAGUAUAGUUCGUAAAAGAGAUAAAAUUGAUAUAGCAAAUGAAUAUGGUCUUCAUCUCCGUACAUGUAUUACAUUUGCUGAGGUUUUCAAAAUCCGUGGAACAGAGCAUAUGAAUGAUCAUCAGCUAAAGUCAGUCGUGUUUAAGAAAAUUGAAAGAUAUAUACAAGACAAAUAAUAUCCAAAAAAAAAAAAGACUUUAGAAACAAUUAAAAAA